AUGCAAGCUUGCGAUCGGUGCCGUAAAAGGAAAUCUAGAUGUGACAGGCUAAAACCAUCCUGUCGCUUAUGCAGCAAGGCUGGCGCUGUCUGCGUGUAUACCGACAGAACUAAGGAACCAACUGUCCGACGCGAUGUCGUUGAGAAACUGGAAUAUCGAUUGCGCCAAACAGAGGAACAUAAUCGAUUGUUGACGGCGAGAUUGGAGACACUCACAUCUAACGCCCCCGAUGUCAAUAACUCACCACCUGCAAAUGAGGGGCGAAAUGAAAUUUCUGAUGAGGUGUCGUUUCUUUCCCUUAAUGCUGGGGGUCAACGGCAGUAUCUUGGAUCUACAAGCGGGCUCCUUCUUGCAGAUCUGCUCAAGUCCGCCAUCGAAACUGAUAAGUCUUCCAGUAGAACACUGCGAGCCCAGAAUCUGAGACCCAUACCGGUAUCUGCGAAAUCGCCUGCAUCAAUACAACGCUCAACAUUGAUUAACGAAGGACCGUCAUAUCCUCCAGAGAGCUUGGCUCGUGAUCUUCACGACGCCUUUUUCAAACACGAUCAUAUAUGCUAUCCAAUUAUCUCUGAGGAUCUGGCAAAGACGAACCUGAGUCGAAUAUAUGCGGAUCCAUCUAUAUUGGAAAACAAGCCCUACGAGUCGUUCGUCUUUUAUAUGAUUGUGGCGAUUUCCACAUCACAUGUUCAAAAGCUUCACUGGCAAUCACUACCAGAAGCGGAGAUGUACCAGGCCAAAGGUAUCUCAAAACUGGGUGAUAUUUUAUCUCUUGGAGGCCUAGAGGCCCUACAGGCGAUUCUACUUCUUUGCCAGUACUGGUUAACAAGCUCCACCCAAGAAACAUCUGCAAGUUUGUGGCAUAUGGUUGGGGUGGCAGCACGCAUGUGUUUUGAGAUGGGCCUCCAUCGAGAACAAGGGUAUGGGUAUCGAGAAAAUUUCGACGUUGCACAGCAAUCGAUCUCUGCAAUAAGUCGAAGGUGCUUUUGGUGUCUAUUGGCUAUGGACCGCGUGCUUAGUAUUACACUAGGCCGACCACUGGCGAUCAAUAUAGAAGACGUAAAUCUUGCUCUUCCUGACUGCGAAGCUGCGCAGUUCCCGAGUCUCACAGAACGAAGCGAGAUGAUAUCGACCGAAAAUCGACAACGGAUCGCUGCCUUUGUUCAUAUAACUCGAUACCGAAUUAUUUGUGGCAAAAUUAUGACAUCCUUGCACCAAGGUUGCCAUGAUAUUGAUGAAGCCUUAGCAUUGAACAUACAGGCGGAUCUUUUCAAUGAGCUGGAACGAUGGCGACUUCAAACGCCCUCAUUGAAACUCAACCCAUGUACUGGAUUAUCCACUAUAUCUUGGUCUUCCAGCUUCUUAACCCCACAGUGGUACGAGCUGCUGUAUCAUAACGCUCUUCUCAUGUUAUAUCGGCCAUCUCCAGCUCUUCCGUUGAACUCGUCCCGGGCAAGCGUCGUGUUGCCGAUCAUAUAUUCUUCUGCGAAGCAGUCAAUUGACUAUUAUUCACAUCUUCAUGGACUCUCGAGAAUGAAUUAUACCUGGAUCACCUUGCAUAGUGUCUUCAUGGCCGGUCUUUCCUUUCUCUAUGCCGCUGGACGGCACUUUCGCUCCAGGAAGAAUCAUCGACAAGCCUUCGACCUACCGAUUUUAGGAUCAGAUCCAUCAAUUUUGGAAAUUGUCAACAUUUCCCGUUCAUGCUCCAAUGUCCUGGUUGCUGUUUCGGAACGUGGAAAUAUACCUCGUCAAUGCCAUCACGUCUUUGAUCGGUUAGGUGACGCUGUUUUGAAGGAUGCGGUGGAUUAUCACACUUCACACGAAAGGGCAGCUGGCCCACAACCAAUUGCACCCUCUCCUGUACCUCGCCAUUCUCUGAGCCCUAACAUGGAAUAUCCAGCAAUCCAAGCCACGGAUUAUACAAUGAAUAAUGUCCCUUCCGGUGGAUGGCCUCUGCAGAACGCAGAGGCAUCCUCACUUCUUGCUGUUGACGAUGCUUUUCGGGGUUGUUUCGAUGAUUUACAGCAUUUUAACGAGUCUGCAUUUGGCGAAGAUCCCAUAGGACAGCUGUUGCAUGAUUGGAUGGGACAGAUAGAUGGCAUACCGGAACAUUGA